AAACCACGUGACUGGUCUCUGGCUACAGAGAUGGUUACGGCCCCCACGCUCCUGAGCACCGAUCACCGAUAGAUGACAACUCUGAUUGGUUAUUGUCCGAGGCAACUAGAGAGUCGCGUCACGUCGCGUCGCGCCCGUUGCGUGGGUUCAUCGGUCAACUCGUGCCUGUUGCCCGGUUGUGAUCCCGGGUCGCGUUGCCCCGUCGUCGCCGGCGCGGGACGAAAGGCUCCGCCAGGCCUCCGCUGCUCUGCCCCUCGCGAGCUGCAGCAGAUGCGGUGUGUUCAGGGUGUUGCUCUGCGGAGACUGAUGCGAGUCGCUGCUGCCCGGGGGAACUGUCAUGUGUGAUUUACUACUCUCCACCCUCGGAAGAGAGAAAGAAGAAGACCAGGACACUACUGAGCAAAAGUGAAAAAAACAGCUCGAAUUGAAGCCAUUAUUGGACAGACUUUGUACACCACAGGAGGAAAAGUAAAGUGUGGAGUUGUGUAAAAUGAAAUGUCAUCACCACUCAUAUGAUGUCAGAUCUUCUGCACAAGGUCAUCCGAUUGUGCAAGUCAUGCCUUUUCUGGAGUUCGUAGCCGGGAGCGUUUCAGGCGCGCUUGGACUGGCCGUUGGACAUCCAGUAGACACCGUGAAGGUGCGCCUGCAGGCCCGGUCUAUGUAUAAAGGGAUAUUUCACUGUGUGGCUAAAACAUACUCAUGCGAAGGGCUCCGUGGUUUCUUCAAAGGCAUGGCGUUCCCGGUGCUCACCACGGGCAUCGCCAACUCCAUCGUCUUCGGUUCCUACAGCAACGCCCUAGACUACCUCACCCAGUCGGAGAGCUGCGGCCGCACUAAACCGGCCUCUGCGGCACAGGUCUUCACCGCUGGCUGCUUCUCGGGUCUGAUGCAGGUGUUUGUUUGUGCACCUAUUGACCUGGUGAAGGUGCGUCUGCAGGGUCAAACGUGCGCCGACCGAUACCGAGGACCCGUCCACUGUGUUGCCGUCAUCCUGAAGGAGGAAGGGGCCAGGGGUCUGUUCAGGGGAGGGACGGCCCUCGCCCUGAGAGAUGUACCCUGCUACGGACUCUACUUUCUGCCCUACGAGGUCACUCGGUCGGCUCUGACAGGGAGCGGCAAACAGCCGGAUACAUUUGCAAUACUGAUGGCCGGCGGCGUGGCAGGUGUGGUGACAUGGGUCUUCGCCACGCCCAUGGACGUGGUGAAAGCCCGGCUCCAGAUGUCGGGGGCCGGCGGCCGGGAAUACAGGGGCGUCCUCCACUGCAUGAGAGUGAGCGCGAGAGAGGAGGGGGUGAGGGUCUUUUUCAAAGGCCUCUUGCUGAACAGCCUGAGGGCCUUCCCUGUCAACGCCAUCACUUUCCUCAGCUACGAGAGUCUGAUGAAGCUCUUCUAUCCACCAGCGACAUGACCUCACCGCGGACAGUGAAUGGUUGCACUUGUUGUCUUUGUAAACUGAAAGAUCUUUUCUGUUCCUGUUCGACAUUGGACUGAUCCUUGGUGCCGUUGAGUCUAAACUAAUCUCUGUCCUCUUCAGUAUUAAGACGCGCUGCUAUGUGGAGGAGGGUCCUCGCCACCGAUCAGGUGGUGGUUCGAGUAAACAUCUCUGUCACUGCGGGGCAAACUCGUCUGCUGACAAAAGGCGUGAGAGAUGUGGCUGAAAACGAUCUACUGUAGUUCCGGUACACUGAGCAUCUACCAUCAAUAGUUUUACAUUAAGAAUGAUUCAAAUUUCUGAGUAUAAUGUGAAUACGCCCUCAUCAUGACACCUAUGGUUAUCACCCGACUGCAGUUCCUCUCUGCUCUUUGGAGCUUUCCCUUCUUUCAACUUGACAGUUUUUAAUGCAUUUCCAAAGUUCUUGUCAGACUUUAUGCUCUAUUAAAAUGAGGAAUGAGGGAGCAUCUUGUCAAGUUAUAAUUUAGUAUAUACGUUUUUUGGCACCACAUUAUCAUAAGGAUCAGGAAUUUAAAAGAUUAAUUUUCUCAAAAUUUUGUGAAAUAUUUUAUGGCUUUUUAAAGUUUCCAAAUUUAUACUUGUCUUAUUAUAACUUUAUUCUCAAUUAUGACUAUGACAUCCUGACCUUAUUUUCAAAAGUUUUUUUCCCCUCAAUAUGGCCCUAAUACACCAUCAUAAGAAUGAAACUUCAGGCCAAACUAAAAUGUCUCCACUACAUGUGCAAACAUAGGAUGAAAAUGAGGAUAAAGUAAACAGGUAGAAUAUUGCGAUAAACCGGUUUCAGUAUACUGAUGUACAUUUAAACCAGAAAUGCCACAUGAUAUCACUGUUUGUACAGGCAAAACAAUGCAAAAUUUACUUUCCCUAGGUGCUUGAGAGAAAAUAUUUUCAUCUUCUCUAGUGUUCACAACCUCAGUAAGGAGAUACAUCACUCAAUAUUUUUGACAUCUCCGAUUCGUAUCUUCCCAAAUGUAAAGUUCACAACUGCUCAACACUUUCCACCCAUGAACCUUUAUUCAUACUAAUACACAAACUGCAUGUUCGAACUUCACCUCAUUGACUUUGAUGUAGAAGAUGAGUAUAUAAAGAUAUGUUAUGUCUGUAUAAGUGUUUGGUAUCCACAUUAAAUCGUAGCCAACU